CUUCAUCUCCAUCGGUGUGUCCGCUUGCUGGCGUCAGGAUGGCAGAUAAAGGAACCAGAGUAUUUAAAAAAGCAAGUCCCAAUGGGAAGCUCGCCGUCUAUCUGGGCAAGAGAGACUUCGCGGACCGCGCGGACCGAGCGGAGCCCGUGGAUGGCGUCGUCCUGAUUGAUCCGGAGUACUUGAAGGAGAGAAAAGCGUUCGUGACGCUCAACUGCGCGUUCCGAUACGGACGGGAAGAUUUGGACGUGCUGGGCUUGACGUUCCGUAAAGAUCUGUUCGUGGCCCACGCGCAGGUGUUCCCUCCUCUUGGCGAGGAAAAGAACCACUUGACUCGUUUGCAGGAACGUCUGACGAAGAAGCUGGGAGAACACGCCUACCCGUUCACCUUCCAGAUCCCGCUGAACCUGCCGUGUUCCGUCACGCUGCAGCCGGGUCCCGAGGACACCGGAAAGGCCUGCGGCGUGGACUUUGAAGUCAAAGUGUUUUGUGCGGACAACGCCGAAGAAAAGAUCCACAAAAGGAACUCCGUUCGUCUGGCGAUCCGGAAGAUUCGGUUCGCUCCCGAGAAACCCGGGCCUCAGCCCACCGCCGAGACCACCAGACACUUCCUGAUGUCGGACAAACCUCUGCACCUGGAGGCGUCUCUGGACAAGCAGAUUUACUACCACGGCGAGCCCAUCAGCGUCAACGUUCACGUCACCAACGACACCAACAAGACGGUGAAGAAGAUGAAGGUGUCAGUGCGACAAUACGCCGACAUCUGCCUGUUCAACACGGCGCAGUACAAGUGUCCGGUGGCCAGCCAAGAGUCCGAUGACGUCGUCGCUUCCGGUUCGACGUUCUGCAAAGUUUUCACGCUGACGCCGUUUCUGUCCAACAAUCGAGAGAAGCGAGGCCUGGCGCUCGACGGGAAGUUGAAGCACGAAGACACAAACUUGGCCUCCAGCACGCAGUUGCGCGAGGGCGCCGACAAGGAGAUGUCGGGCAUCGUGGUGUCGUACAAAGUGAAAGUCAAGCUGCUGGUGUCUCGAGGCGGGCUCCUGGGAGACUUGGCCCCCAGUGACGUGUCGCUGGAACUUCCCUUCACGCUGAUGCACCCCAAGCCUUCGGAAGAGUCGCUCCGCGGCCGGGAACCUGCUGAGGAAGCGCAGAGCGACGCCAACCUGAUCCAGUUUGACGCUAACGACGACGACAUCAUCUUUGAAGACUUCGCCCGUCAGCGGCUGAUCGGCGCAAAAGACGACGAGGACGAAGAGGCGGCGGAGGUUUACGACAGGUAGACCGGGGGCGAACGGGGGCGCCGCCCGCAGGUCCCGGAAACGCUCCAGCGCCCUCUCGCUCUCGUCGGCCUUCGGUCGACGUCCGCUAGCGUGCGUCUGCCUCGUCGGCUCCAAGGUUCACGAGUGGCGUAAUGCGCGUUUAUACGUCCGAUUUGACUUGGAACAUCUGCGUGCGAGCCGUUUCGCACGCGAGACGUAUUCGGUCGCUUUCCGACAGGCCGUAACAGUUCGACGACGAGUCUGCGAGUUCUUAAAAGGCACAUUUCGCAGAUGCCGCAUGAAUAAAGAACAUCAACCGUAUCUUACCCCUAUUAUUUAUGAUGAUGAUUCGCCCCCCUUUUUUCGACACGAAACUACUUCCACAUUUCUCAACAGAUUCAAAUUGUUCCAGCUUCAACAUAUUCCAAAAAUGAACGUGAGUGAAUGCAUUCAUUUUCUAAUUGCCAACAUUUCCCGCAAUUCCACGUUUUUCACCCAAACCGAUGGGACAUUCGACAAAACGCUUUCACAUUGUUCCCGUUUGAAUUUCAAAAUGUUCCGCUCAUCCGGUUCGUCUUGACCGCCGAAAUUUGACCUUUCCGAAAAUUUCAGAUUUCCCCCCCGCAUAAUUCUCAUAUUCGACAUUAUUCCCUCCACCGACAUUUCUUGACCGAUUCAAACAAUUCCAACUUCAAACUAUUCGUCUCAUUCCAGUUCCCCAAAGUUUCCAAAUCAAAACCCCAAAUUCAAAUCACAACUCUUUUGGGUGCACGUCUUCUUUUUGUGAUUGUGUAACAAACAGUAUACAAAUUGAUCAAUAGUAUGCAUGUAUCAAAUGAUCAGUAGUAUCCAUGUAUUGUGUAUGAUUGACAAGUGACAAAUACUAUACUGUCCAAAUAAAGUA